AUGGAGGCUAUUCGCAAUGGAGCAACCAAGUGGAAGACCACUGCGCCUGGAUUGCGGGAGGUGAAGGCCACAACGAACGGGUUUUUCUUCUUCCAAUUCAAGACUGUUGCAUUUAUGGAAGAAGCAAUUGAAGGUGGACCGUGGUUGUUUCAAGGGCAACCAAUUGUACUACAGAAAUGGGAGCCAGGGAUGGUAAUGCGAAAAUUAAAACAUACACAGGUGCCUGUUUGGAUAAAAUUGAGACACUUGCCAGUAGAAUUAUGGACCGAGGAGGGCCUUAGUACAGUGGCCAGCGGCAUAGGUAAAUCCCUAUAUCCGGAUGCGAUUACAAGGGCAUGCAUGAGACUGAACUUCGCUCGUGUAUGCGUGAUGCUGGAUGUAAGCUCAAGCCUACCCAAACAUAUUAUCAUUAUGACGCCUAACGAGGAACGAGGAGAGACACCAUGCAAAAUUGACGUUGAAUAUGAGUGGAUACCUCCCAAAUGUACCAAUUGUAUGACGUUAGGCCACUUGGCCAAGGACUGUGCCCUCAAUAAACCACACAAACCAACUAAACCACCGGUUGCCGUCUACAUUCCUAAAUUGGGGUCUCCGAGGCCACCAACUGAGCGUGAUCAGGAGAUAAUACCACCAAAUCGAGGAGUGGCAAAGAAGAGGGAUAGGCAAGAAUCCCCUCGUGGUGUUGUAAGGUUGAGUCACGAAGAGAAGGGUAAGGAACUUGUUGUGUAUAAUACGUUCAAUGCUCUACACUUAAUUGAUGAUGCAGAGGAUAUGUCACGGGGACCUAAUCAUAGCAGCCCCAAACUCGGUGAUCCAUGUUAA